AUGACCGCAACCGCCCCGGGCGAGGUCGCUGUCCAAGAAGCGGAAAAACGCACGGUAGUACGGACUCAGCAGGUAAAGAAAAUUUACUUAAUGGGCGAGAUUGAGGUUCACGCCCUGCGCGGGGUGGACAUGGAGAUCUACACCGGCGAGUACCUGUCGAUCAUGGGGCCUUCGGGCUCGGGCAAGAGCACUUUCUUCAACAUGGUCGGCGGCCUCGACAAGCCCACGGAGGGCAAGGUGUACAUCGACGAAGUGGACGUCGCCCAGCUCGACGCGUAUGAGUUGGCUUGGCUGCGCUGCCGCAAGAUCGGCUACAUCUUCCAGUCGUUCAACUUGAUCCCGGUGAUGACCGCGCUCGAAAACGUCACCUUGCCGAUGGUCUUCGCUGGCCUGACCAGCGACGAGGCCCGCGACAAGGGCAUGGAGUUAUUGGGCAAGGUGGGCCUUGGCGAGCGGUACUCGCACAAGCCCUACGAGCUUUCGGGUGGCCAGCAGCAGCGCGUGGCCGUCGCUCGCGCCUUGGCCAACGACCCAGCCGUCGUCCUCGCCGACGAGCCGACGGGGAAUCUGGACCUGCGCACGGGCACCGAAAUCAUCGAAUUGCUCAAAGAGAUGAACGAGAAUUCCGGUGUGACGGUCAUCUCGGCGACCCAUGACCACAAGAUGCUCAGCGUUUCCGACCGCGUGGUGUGGAUCAAGGACGGCCAAGUCGAUCACGUGCGCAAACGCGAAGAGCUCGAUAUCGAAGUAACUCAAGUAGAAGGCGAGUAG